AAGAACAACAAACAAAAACUAAAGAGACACAAAAAGAAAAGAAAAGAGAAAUCAUCAAAAACUAUAAAAUAAAAAGACAGAAAAUGGGGAAAGGAGGCAACUAUGUGAUGGUGGCAGCUUCGGAGGUGGAGGAGCUACGACAGAAGAACGGAGAGAUGGAAAAAGCGGUGGAGGAGAUGAGGAAAGAGAUGUUGCAGUUGUGGCGGAGGACACAGGUGGCUGAGGAGGCUGAGGAGCAUCUAUGCUCUCAGCUAGCCGAGCUUGAAGCCGAAUCUUUAGACCAGGCUCGUGAUUACCACUCUCGCAUCAUCUUCCUUACGAACGAGCUCUCUCGCUUCUCCCCCGACUCUGUCUCUCCCUAGAAUAGAUAUUUGUGUAGAGGAUAGGUUCUUAGAUUGUUGGAUCAUGGAUGUAUCCUCAAACUGGUUUAUAUCAUUGCCAAUAUGUAGAGGUUUUUAUUUUUGUCUAAAUCUUGAAUUUCUCCUUGGAAAUUUCUAUAUAAACAAAGAUUCAAUGUUGUU